AUGGGGGCCAAAACUGGACGAGUGAUCCCCAGGGAUGUGGCCUUGGUCCUGGGAAAUGGUGGCCCAGGAGUUUCGGUGGGAAGAAUCGAUGACUUCCUCUCGUUUGACCUCAGGGACGAGGGAGGGAUAUGUCUCUUCAGAGGGUACCUAAUAAAUAAUAAUAAUAUUCUCUCCCACCAGGUUUGUGAAGAGGAGAAGAGUGAGGAAGACGUUUUCCCCUUGGCUAUUAAUUAUUUGGACAGAUUUUUAGCGGUGGCGCCCACUAGAAAGUGUUAUUUGCAACUUCUAGGAGCUGUAUGCAUGUUCCUUGCAACAAAGUUAAAGGAGAGUCGUCCAUUAACUGCAGAAAAGCUGUGCAUGUACACAGACAACUCCAUCACACCAAGGGAACUGCUGGACUGGGAGUUGGUGGUCCUAGGGAAGUUGAAGUGGAACAUGGCAGCAGUCAUCCCAAAUGACUUUGUGGAUCACAUCCUACACAGACUGCCCCUGCCCAAAGAUAAGCUAUCUGUGGUUCGCAAGCACACACAGACAUUCAUCGCCCUGUGUGCCACAGAUUUCAGCUUCGCUAUGAACCCCCCCUCCAUGAUCGCUACAGGCAGCGUGGGGGCGGCCGUCUGCGGCCUGCAGCUGGACCAAUCAGACCAGGCCCUGAGUCGAGACCGUCUAACUGACCUGCUGGCCAAGAUCACCAACACUGAGGUGGACUGUCUGAAGGCGUGUCAGGAGCAGAUCGAGAGGGUGUUGGCCAGUAGCCUGCAGCAGGAGCAACAGCAGCAGAGGCAGAUGGCCCAAGGCAGGCCAGGCAGCAAGGCCAUGGAGCAGCAAGACCAGUCCAGAACCCCAACAGACGUAUCCAGCACCCCAACAGACGUACGCGACGUCAACCUAUGAGCUUCCCACCACCACCAUCUACAUGAGUGAUGCCCACCAGUGAGCUCGCACCAAUUACGUCGCUCUGUCAAUCUAUGGGAUCUAACAACAUUUGCAAUGUCAAGCAAUGAGCUGCCAGCACAUACGCCAAGUCAACCAAUGAACUCCCACUACUAAAUGCCACACCAACCUACGAGUUCCCACCCUUGUUUGUUAAGUCAACCUUUGAGGUCCCACAAAGUUUGGGAUGGCAAUCUAUGAGCUGUCAACAGCAUCAUGCUGGAAUUAUCAACUGAUAAGAACUUUUACAAACAA